UUCUAAUCUUUUGGUGCACCGCUCAAGUGUUCGAGAUGUGAACAGUGGCUCUAACUGUGUUGUGAGGCGCUAGCUUAGCACGAGUGCGCACGAUCUUCGUUUUGCUCGCUUUUUGUACAAACAGGUCCUCCGCCUCACCCCUUAGAGUUAGAUCUCAAUUUAUUAUGACCCCACCUUUUUUUUGAAGGCUUAGGCAUGUAGUGUUUUUCCUUGUUCUCUUUACCCGCGCACUGUAUUUCCCAAGACAAGAACGACAGCGAGAAACCCCUCUGGCUCAACAAUCAAGCUACUUACUCUGCGCAGAAGAUCUCCCACGCCCCACGCCCAAAAUAAAGAUAAAACAAAAAUCCACGCCAUGCCCCCCGACAAGCGAUGGCGGAAAGAAGCGCACGAACUGUGGGCUUCCAAGUCCAUCUCUGCCUGUCGUGCGGUGGCCUUGGAGCUCCAGAGCGACGUCGUGCUGGAUUUCAAGGACAGGAAAAACCUGUUUACCUUGAUGGCCCUCGAUUUAAGAAGUCAAAACUUCCCAGUCGAUACCGUCACGGCGGAUGGAAAUAAGUCGGGGUCAGCUGAUGUCGACGCAGUGCGAUUGAGCAACGCGAUCGCGAGCCCGAGUGUGACGCUGUCGGUGAAGCGGGACGAGGGGAACGAGAACCGGCUCUGGGUGCAGGCGAAAGGUGGUCGUGGGGACGAGGGCGGCCAUGGUGUAGUUCAUGAUCCAACUACGACGGGGAAUCUUGCAAGCGUACCCAGCGCGACGCACGCCUACAUGCUGGAAUUUCUAUUGGAGGAAGAGCACGACAUUACGACCCAUCCCUACGACAAUUUCAGGUACGCCCUCCGCUUCAUCGUCCCCUUCGCCUACCCGCACACCGCGCCGUUUGUGUGUUUCGUGAAGACAACGUUUCUACUCGAGCGACCCCGCCCUGCUGUUCAAACGGUGAUCCCCUACCACCCAAACAUUUGCCCCUCCACCGGGUCGAUUUGCAUGGAUCUGCUGAACGCCGGCAGCCUGUGGUCGCCAGUGCUAACGCUGCUGACAACGAAAUUGGCCAUCACGUCGCUACUGCAGACGCCGAACGAGGAUCACGGACUGAAUGGCUACGCGAUUCGAUUAUACCGGGAGCUGGUAGUGAACGCGGGGAAGAGGCAAUUUUUCUCUCGUGACGGGAUAGCGGGGAGAACAAGAACACCUGCUAUAAUAUCCACAGAACGGGAACAAGAUAAUUCCGAGCCUGUCACCCCUGGUGUCUAUUUUGACCAGCAGCUUCACGACCAGCUACUCGAGCAAGAUAAGGGCGAAAACUUCGAUUUUCCGGACGCGAAAAGCGUGGAGGCACGGCAGGAGGUGGAGAAUCAGCUGCAGAAAGUGCACAACACGUUUUUGCGGUUCGAGAGGUUUGACUGGAAAAGAUGUGACUUGGAAACUUUGGCAAACUGGGGCCCGGUUCUCUACAGAGAGUGGGUGCGGGCGAAGAUGCUGCAGGAAAACCCUCAAGCAACGCGGUCGAGAAAGGGCUUGAGUGCGGAAUUUUUGACGCCCGAGGUGGAUAGAGCAGGUGUUUUUGUCAGGUAUGAUGAAGCAGCUGCUGUCACACCGGCGGCACCAGCACGGGUGAAUGCUGCUGGGUUUUCUGCAAUCGGUGGGGCCUCUGGAGAGAUACGCGCUGAGCCGCGUGACGUUGUUGCGGUGGAACAACCACACCUAAGUCAGGGGUCCGUGCUGACGCAAAGACGAGGGGCAAGGCAGGGAGGUGCGGCGAAUGAGAAUAGCACAGGAGAAGUUCUUCAAGAUGCUCGGCUCACUGAGCAAGAAGGACUACAAAAAUCACCCUCUGCUGCACCACCGAGGCCAAAACUCUUCGAAAAAACGUACUUCCAAGAAUUCCAGCGCCAGAGCCGAAAAUUCUAUGCCAGCGUGCCGGCGCCUUUGAAGCUUGUCGCGGGGUUUUUGGUGUUUCUUAUCGUGUAUGGCCGGGUGGAGAAGAUGCUUGCUCGGGUGAAUUUUUCCACUGAGGAGCCUUCGCCUUCGGCAAAACACCACCAGAAACACAGAGCCUCUUCGGCUGAACUUCUGAACCACCAGUUACGAGGGCUCGAACAAAACUCCUGGAUGGUGAAUUUGUUGCGUUGAUAUGCAAGUACUCACCGCCAUAAAGCAGGAGAGCGGGGCAGAACACUAUGUAUUCGUACUCAGUUCUACUCUGAGAUAUCUCGAGCGCGCGCAAUUUCAAUCAUAACAUAAAGUGGCAUCUGGCUACACAAUGCUAGCUUUGGCCAGCAUGUUGAGUUGGGACCGGAUGUUAUGAAUGCAAUCUUGGUCUGUUAGUUUAUAGAAACGUUUUUCGUCGGUACUCUGGGCGUCCGUGUUAAUUCUCUGCCUGAGCGCUUGGCACCAAUGCCGUUUUUCCUUCCACGGUGCUGAUGCGCACCGCUUUCGGUUCCUGGUUAGGUUUUUUUUUGCUUAUCACUCUCGGUAUCUGAAGUGACGUAAAUUCGUGAUUGUGUCCGCAACAAAAGCUCUGGCUCAGUCCUUGUGCUAAGUGUGCAUAAAAAGAAUCACCUGUGGUACUUCGUGCAAUUGUCUUUUCUCUCUUCAUCGGUGUUGCAUUUUCAACAGAGCACAACCUCGGUAUUUCGAUUGCAUCGUUCUGUCGUGAUCGUCCUUUUCUACCGUGCAAAAAGUCCGUGUCCGUCGCAAGCAGAUGAGAAUGGCGUAGUGCUUGCUUCGUCUUUCUCUUUUCCGCAUUGUAACCAUGGAGGCCUGAGCAUAAAAGCCCUG